UGCACGUAAAUAGUUUUAUUUUUUUUAAUGUUUUAUGAGUAGGAACAGUUUAUUUUUCUCUAUUUUGCCCGGACAUAAUUCCCGAACGGACAGCUUCCAUUUCCGGUCCAUGUUGUCAACAUCGAAGAAGCACGUGCUACACAGCCCUUAAAAUGCCGAAGAAUCGGAAACCAAAAGGCAAACCUGCGGAGAAGGUUGUCCAUCCGUACAGCAGGAAAGCUGCUUCCUUGGCCAGCGAGGAAAUAAGACUUCAAAAGAAAGAAAGACAGAAAAUUGGCAAAGCGGCGCGUCUGAAUAGCAUUGGGGAGAAGCUGCUGUGGUUCCAGGGACAACUAGACCCAGAAAAGACGAGGUACACUAAGAAAGAUGCCUGUGACAUCAUUGAAAGGUACCUGAAGAGGUUUGAUUCUGAGCUGGAGCAGAUCGAGCUGGUGAACAGCAUCAAAGGUCGCCAGGGUCGUCUCCACGCCGCCAGAGAGAGCUUCAUCAAGCAGACCACCGAGCGGGAGCGAGCGCAGUACGAGGGCGUGGGAUUCGAGGUCCCAGACUUCAUCAACACAAAACAUCUGAAAAGCUUCAGGGAAUGGACGGGAGACUUGAAGAAACUUCCAAAUAUUAAACUGAGGAAGGUUUCAAACCAAGGCUUGGAAGUGACGGACCAAGGAGAGAAGAACGACGCAGCUGAAGAAGAAGAAGAAGAAGAAGAAAUCAAAAAAGAGGAAGAAGAGUCAGAUGAGGAGCGGCCAGAUGAAAACGAAAACAUGUCUUCUUGACUCCAGGUUUGGAGACGUCUUCUUAGUCAAUAGAACAUUUGGAGUGGUGCGAUAUAUAUUUAACCAGCAGAUGGCGCCAGAUCUACAACAAUCACUUAAAAGCAGGUAGACAAGCUUUCACUUUCACUCUUUAUUCCUCAAACAAACAAGAGUCUGUAACCUCAAUAUUGCAUUAAUAUUCUUCAUCCAGUCAAAGAUAGGAAAAAGUCAUUUUCUGGUAGAAAAGUGCUAAAAGGAGGUUUGAAAGACUCAUUGUCAGCCGAGCACCUUUUUAAGUCAAAGAUUGUAUUUAUUAACCUUAGAAUCAUGAUUUCACACGCUGCGUUGUAGAUUGUCCAAAAAGAAGGGAAGAUUGCCAGAAAAUAAACAUUUCAUUUUUUUUGUU